UACACUCUGUAACUGUGUGUGUGAGAGAACGUUAAUAAAUGCUUCCACUGACCCGCCGUCCCCGGUAACACUUUAUUUUUAUAUACUUUCUCCGGCGAAUAAAUAACCUUCAACUUCACCGCCGUUUUACAUUUUCCGGCGAAACACUCACAUUAUCUCCUUUUUUCUUCCGUUCAGAUUUCCCUUUUUUCUCCUGCCAAAAUUCAACUGUUUCUUCCACUCAUUCAUCUACAUUUUCUUCUUCUCCACUUCGUUUCAGUAAAAAUUCACUCUUUCCGAAUUUCUAGGGUUUUUAAGAACUGGGUGUUUUUUUAACUUUUUUUUCUUACCCAUUUUAUUGGCCGUUACGUUCUUCUUGUGCUAAAGAUUGUAUUCUUUUUUUGCUUGUUCUUGUAUAUGAUUAUGUAUAUCCAUUUGGGGUUGCUGAUGGGAUUAUGAGUAACUUAUAUAUUUCUUUGUGAUUAUUGAGCUGGGAGAAUGGAAAUGAGGAAGGUUUUUGGUAUAGUAAUAUUGUGUAUUUUUGUAUCUCCUAUUUUUGUUAAAGCCUUGAACUUAUCUUUUAAUGAUGAUAUACUGGGUUUGAUGGUAUUUAAAGCUGAUGUUCAAGAUCCACAAGGGAAGUUGGUGUCUUGGAAUGAAGAAGAUGAUAGCCCCUGCGGCUGGGAUGGUAUCCAUUGCAACCCCAGAUCCAAUAGAGUCUCUCAGAUUGUUCUUGAUGGGUUUGGGCUUUCAGGUAAGAUUAGUAGAGGACUUAUGAGGUUGCAGUUUCUUCGAAAGCUUUCGCUUGCGAAGAAUAAUUUUACAGGGAGUAUAAGUAGCAGUGUUGUUCAACUUGCUUAUCUGAGGAUUCUUGACUUGAGUGAGAAUAAUUUAUUUGGGACGAUUCCGGGUGAUUUUUUUGAACAAUGUGGGCCUUUGAGAUCAAUUUCUUUGGCCAAGAAUAAGUUUUCAGGGAAAGUUCCAGAAAGUUUGAACUCAUGUGUGGCAUUGGGGUCUUUAAACUUGUCCUCAAAUCAGUUUUCAGGAUUGUUACCUUCUGGAAUUUGGUCUUUGAAUGGGCUAAGGUCACUUGAUCUGUCCGAUAAUUUGCUGGAUGGUGAAAUUCCAGUAGGGAUUGAAGGUAUGUAUAAUUUGAGAGCAAUAAAUUUGAGGAAAAAUCAUCUCAAAGGUGAAGUUCCAGAUGGAAUUGGAAGUUGUUUGUUGUUGAGGUCAAUUGAUUUGAGUGAGAAUUCUUUCACUGGAGAACUUCCAAAAACAAUGCAGAUGCUUAGUUUGUGUAAUGAGUUGAUUCUGAAACACAAUGCAUUAGUUGGUGCUGUACCUGAAUGGAUUGGAGAAAUGAAAAGCCUUGAGAUACUUGAUCUUUCGGGGAACAACUUUUCUGGUCAGUUCCCGAAUUCAGCUGGGAAGCUUCAAUCUCUGAAAUUACUGAACGUGUCGCGAAAUGGUAUUUCUGGGGACUUGCCUAAGUCAAUGAGCAGUUGUGUAAAUCUUAUGGCACUGGAUGUUAGUCACAACUCAUUGACAGGUGAUCUUCCUCCUUGGGUAUUCAAAUUAGGAUUGCGGCAAGUUCUGUUUUCUGAGAAUAAAUUAAGUGGGGGCUUGAAGAAUGCAUUUGCUUCUUCACUGGACAACUCUCGUCAAAAGCUUCUAGCUCUUGAUAUCUCUCGCAAUGAGUUAGCUGGUGAAAUUCCACUUGCCAUUGGUGAUUUUAACAGCUUGCAGUCGUUGAAUUUAUCUAGAAAUUCACUUGUAGGGAACAUUCCUGAGACUGUUGGCCACCUGAAGUCACUGGAUGUUCUUGACUUAAGCGAGAAUCAGUUAAAUGGUAGUAUCCCUCUGGAGCUUGGAGGAGCCUAUUCUCUCAGGGAACUGAAACUGGAGAAGAAUGCCUUGACAGGAGAAAUUCCUACUUCUAUUGGAAACUGUUCUGCACUUUUGUCCUUGUCUCUGUCACAUAAUGGUUUAACUGGCCCUGUACCUGCAACCCUUGCUAAACUAUCUAAACUACAAAAUGUUGACCUUUCCUUCAACAAAUUAACCGGAAUCUUACCAAAGCAGCUGGUAAAUCUUGGUCACCUUGAGUUGUUCAACAUCUCACACAACCAGUUGAAGGGCGAACUGCCUUCUGGUGGUUUUUUCAACACUAUUUCUCCCUAUUCAGUGUCAGCCAAUCCAUCUCUUUGUGGAGCUGCUGCUAAUAGGUCUUGUCCAACUGUCCUCCCCAAACCAAUCGUUCUGAAUCCCAACUCCACAGAAUCUAUUCCUGGUACUAUCCCUCCGACUGUGGGCCACGAAAAGAAAAUCCUAAGCAUCUCUGCCCUCAUUGCCAUUAGUGCAGCUGCUAUUAUUGUUGUUGGUGUUAUUGCCAUUACUGUGCUAAAUCUUGGCGUACGGUCUGCAACAUCUAACUCUGCUGCCACCCUUACAUUUUCUGGUGGAGAUGACUAUAGCCCCUCACAGAGUACAGAUGCAAAUUCUGGUAAGCUUGUCAUGUUUUCAGGUGAACUUGACUUCAGCACAGGGUCACAUGCUCUGCUUAACAAGGAUUGUGAGCUCGGACGUGGUGGUUUUGGAGCCGUUUAUCGCACUGUCCUCGGAGAUGGGAUGCCUGUGGCCAUUAAGAAGCUUACUGUCUCAGGUCUUGUUAAGUCUCAGGUAGACUUCGAAAAGGAGGUCAAGAAAUUGGGAAAAAUUCAUCACCCUAAUCUUGUGGCUCUUCAAGGUUAUUAUUGGACACCAUCACUGCAGCUACUUAUAUAUGAAUUCAUAACUGGUGGAAACUUAUAUGAGCAUAUCCAUGAAGGUUCUAGUAAAAACUUGCUCUCAUGGAAUGAGCGGUUCAACGUUAUUCUUGGGACAGCAAAAGGCUUGGCUAACUUACAUCAAAUGAACAUAAUUCACUACAACCUCAAGUCCAGCAAUAUUUUGAUCGACAGCUCUGGUGAUCCUAAAGUUGCAGAUUAUGGGUUAGCAAGGCUGUUACCAAUGCUAGACCGAUAUGUUUUGAGCAGCAAAAUUCAAAGUGCACUCGGUUACAUGGCACCUGAAUUCGCAUGCAAGACUGUGAAGAUAACUGAUAAGUGCGAUGUGUAUGGGUUUGGAGUUCUUGUUCUGGAGAUAGUCACUGGAAAGAAACCGGUUGAGUACAUGGAAGACGAUGUUAUUGUAUUGUGUGACAUGGUAAGGGGUGCAUUGGAAGAAGGCAAGGUGGAAGAGUGUGUUGACAAGAGGCUACAUGGAAAAUUUCCAACGGAGGAAGCGAUUCCUGUGAUGAAGUUGGGUUUAAUCUGCACAUCACAAGUCCCUUCAAACAGGCCUAAUAUGGCAGAAGUGGUUAACAUAUUGGAAAUGAUCAGAUGUCCUUCAGAAGGCCAAGAGGAACUAACUAGUAUGAUAUCCCGUUAAACUGAUGGAAAAUUUUAACAUAUGCUAUUAGUCCCGGAGAAGAAGAAUCCGCCUGAUCUAUUCAUAUUAUGGUCAUUUAAAGGUUCAUUUUUUUUUCUCCAAUGUUCUUGGUUCUCUGUUCUUCUGGGUUACCGGAUUCCUUUUCACCGGGUUUUAGUAUGUGAGGAUCUCACUUAUCCUUUAUUUCAAGUUUAUGUAACAACUGAUUCUAACAUGUAAUCUCUUGUGUUUGUUCAAAUGAAAGGAAGUUCCAAAGGUUGAUAGUG